UGAAUUGAUAAUUGUGCGCCUUCGCUUGUGAAUUUUCACGUGUGCUCUUGAGUUGUUGAGGGAAAAAUGCUGAGAAAUCUCGUCGCUGACUUGCCCAUCUUCUGCCGAACUGCCAACAACACCACCGUGAAAAGUUCGAGACAUUAUGCAACAGAAGCAACAUUCAACCUUAAACCGUUUCGCCUGCACAAGUUCGAGAGUGGCCCCAAGGAAAAGGUCACGCUGAAUCGCGAGGAUGCUGUGAAAAUGUACAAGGAAAUGCAAACGAUACGACGCAUCGAGACGGCGGCCGGGAAUCUGUACAAGGAGAAAAUUGUCCGCGGCUUCUGCCAUUUGUACUCAGGACAGGAAGCUUGUGCUGUGGGGAUGAGGAAGGCCAUGAGGCCCGUGGACAGCAUCAUCUCGGCGUACAGAGUGCACGGCUGGACGUAUUUGAUGGGCGUCCCCAUCACGGGCGUGCUGUGCGAGCUGACGGGGCGCCGGACGGGCUGCGCCCGCGGCAAGGGUGGCUCCAUGCACAUGUACGCGCCCAACUUCUACGGCGGCAAUGGGAUUGUGGGGGCGCAGAUCCCGCUGGGAGCCGGCGUGGCGCUGGCCAACAAGUACCGCGGCGACGGCGGCGUUUGCCUGGCGCUUUACGGCGACGGAGCGUCGAAUCAGGGCCAAGUCUUCGAGGCGUACAACAUGAGCUUCCUCUGGAACGUGCCGUGCAUCUUCGUGUGCGAGAACAAUGGCUACGGCAUGGGCACGAGCGCCUCCAGAUCCUCCUCCAACACGGCGUACUACACGAGAGGCGACGCUCUGCCCGGAAUCUGGGUGGACGGCAUGGAUGUGCUGGCCGUGCGAGAAGCCACUCAGUUCGCCAUCGACUACGCCACCAAGACUGGGCCUCUGGUCAUGGAGGUCUUCACUUAUCGCUACUCAGGACACUCCAUGUCCGAUCCAGGCACCAGCUAUCGCACGCGCGACGAGAUCCAGGAAGUGCGCAACACCAGAGAUCCCAUCAUGCUGUUCAGGGACAAAAUCACAGACGCCGGACUCGUGUCAGUCGAAGAGAUUAAGAAAUUCGACACUGAAAUCAAGAAGGAAGUUGACGCCGCCACAGCGCUGGCCAAGUCAGACGCAGAGAUCGAACUCAAGGAGCUCACCACAGAUGUCUACUCGGCCAACAUCGAGCCCCGCAUUCGGGGCGCCCACGUGAAUCAGCAGCUCCCGCACUCGUCCCUCAAGAGGGCUGUCAACUUGUAGAGACUCUCCCCUCUUCGCAGCAUGCUAAUUAAAUUCCCUUGUUAACAUUUACAAAGACACGCUUCUAUGUACAGGGUGAAAGCUCGAGGGUUGCGCCCAAAAUAGACAAAUGGCUAGAA